UCAUGGAAGAUGAGUCAGAUGAGGAGAUGAAGAAGGAAAUGGGGAGCGUGUGGGAUUGUCUCAUGAAGUUCCAAGAUUUGGAUUGCAUCAAUAUGCUGGGGGACGAAGUUCCUAUGAUGUUGCGAGAGUUCAUGGGGAGGGUAGGGGAUACACACAGGAAGCUGCAAGGAAAGCUAGCAAAGGCCCAUCGGGACCAGAUGAUGAAGAAAAUGGCGAGAGUGAGGGAUAUUCUCACAGAGUUACAAGAAAGGCUAGAAAUGGCCUACCGCAAGUUGCAGUAUGCUGAUGACAAGAUGAUGAUUGUCCCAUAUGACACCACCAACACCUGGUUUGAUAAUUUGAGAGGUGUUUCAAAUGACUUGAAAAACAUCAGUGAUGAAUUAUUUAAAUAUAUGGAUACAAUGGAGAUAAUGUUUUCCAAGGUACACUGGUAUUCUCCCUUCAUUUAUCUAUACCAGCAGGACCUUUGUUUUCCCUGGCAAAUCAAUAGUCAAAUUAGAACUCUUGGAACUAUCGAGUCUAGGUUGGAAGAGAUUCUCAAACAAGAGUUAAACUUAGGUUUGACUUUAUUUGAUCUUGAUACCACUAUAGGACAUGAUACUUUAGUUGGUGGAAUAGAGAAGGAUGUUGAAAACCUAGUAGAGAUGUUAACAGUCACCCAUAGUUCUCAGGGAAUCUAUGUUUAUGGGAUUGUCGGGGAGAGAGGCAUUGGAAAAACAACUCUAGCUAAAUUAAUCUUCAACCACAAAAAAAUUAAAGAUAAAUUCCAUUCACUGCCACCGAUAUGGUUUUUGGCCUGA